GUUCGUGAGUUCACCGUCAGAGGAGCAUUUGUUUACAUGUAAGAUAGUCUUAGUCCACUAAACAGCUACGGCCGACAGAGAUGGACACCAGCUAGUUACCGGACGGAGCGUCUUUCAGCCACAUACAGUUUACAGAAGUUGUGUCGCGGUGAGUCCCGAGCUAACCGAGAGGAGAGGCUGCUGCUCACCGUGUUAGCCUCCACCGGAGGACCAGUGAGGACAACAGGGCUGCUGAGGAGGAUCCCCCUGGCUGAGGUCUCCCACCAUGGACCCGUUUGACAGUAACAACACAGGUAACAACACAGACCGAGCCAACCUGCCGAGGAACAUGAUUGAGAACAGCAUGUUUGAAGAAGAGCCUGAUGUUGUGGAUUUGGCCAAAGACUCCGCUGCAUUUCCAACAUUUCCUGCUCUUGACCCAGAUGAGGUGGCGUAUGAGCCUCGUAGCUCACGCUUGCUUGUGCGAGGCCUGGGAGAGAACGACAUGGACGAGGAUGAAGAGGACUGCGAGUCUUCAGCCCGUCUGCUGGGCAUGUCCUUCAUGAACCGCAGCUCUGCUCACAGACCCAGCUCUUCCCCAUACACCAGACAGGCUCCACCUAGGUCAUGUUCGCGACCCUCAACCCGUACCAUGGUAGUGUGUGUGUUAUUCCUGGUGAUAGUGGCCUCUAUGACUAUGGUGCUGUACUUCUUACCUGGAUGCACCUUUACCAAGAGCGGUUGUCGAAAGACCAACGAGACCAUUCCCUUUGAGAAAGUCUACCCUGUGUCCACAAAUAAUGAACUGUUUCCAUGGACACAGCUCCGGCUGCCUCGCAGCAUAGGUCCUCUUAGCUAUGACCUCACCCUUAACCCUGACCUCGACAACAUGACCUUCACCGGCCGUGCCGUCAUCAGCAUGUCUGUGUUUCACAACACCAAGAUCAUUGUCCUGCACAGUGCUAAUCUCAACAUCACCAAAGCUACCUUCAAGCUGGGUGAUGGGGAGGCCAGAGAGGUGACUGUACUGGAGUACAAACCCAGACAGCAGAUAGCUUUUCAGUUCUCCGAGGAGCUGAAAACAGGCCAGGAAUGUGUUUUGACCCUGGAUUACUCUGCCAGCCUCUCACAUACCUAUGAUGGUUUCUACAACAGCUCAUACACGGAUAAAGAUAGAAAGAAAAGGGUCUUAGCAGCAACCCAGUUUGAGCCACUAUCAGCUAGGAAGGCCUUUCCUUGCUUUGAUGAACCAGCCUUCAAAGCCACCUUCCUGAUUAGAAUCAGCAGGAAACCAAACUACCUGACUCUUUCCAACAUGCCUCAGGCUAAAAGCACAAACCUUCUCAAUGGCCUCAUUCAAGAUGAGUUUGAAACAACCAGUCUCAACAUGAGCACCUACCUUGUGGCCUUCAUCGUCGCAGACUUCACCCCUAUCAGCAAAAAUGUCUCAGAAACUCUGGUGUCUGUGUACUCUGUGCCAGAGAAGAAGGAGCACACUGACUAUGCGCUGGACACAGCCUGCAAACUGCUGGAGUUCUACAAUGACUUCUUUGAAAUUGUCUACCCCUUCAAAAAACUAGGUGAGUGCACAAAGGUUCUUGAAUGUUUCACACAAGGUGCAUACAGACACUCUUUUUCCUCUUCCGAUCAUUGUGUCCCCUCUCUCUACACAUCCCAAUAUUCGUUCUUUCUCUUGUCAGACUUGGUAGCCAUCCCAGACUUCCUGGCAGGAGCCAUGGAGAACUGGGGACUCAUCACUUUCAGAGAGACAACCCUGCUGGUGGGCAAACAGUCCUCUCCUCUGGAAAAACAAGUAGUUGCCUCCGUCAUCGCGCAUGAGCUCGCUCAUCAGUGGUUUGGAAACCUGGUAACCAUGAGCUGGUGGAAUGACCUGUGGCUCAACGAAGGCUUCGCCACAUACAUGCAGUAUAUGUCGCUGCAGAAUGUUAUGCCCGAGCUUGACAUUGGUAAUUUGUUCUUGGCAGUACGCUUCAGAGCGUUGGACAAAGAUGCACUAAACUCCUCCCACGCUGUGUCGACAGAUGUUAAUAAGCCAGAACAGGUGGAAGAGAUGUUUGACUCUGUCUCUUAUGAGAAGGGUGCGUCCAUUCUCCUGAUGCUGAAUGCCUCGCUGCCAAGGGACCAACAGUUCAGAAAGGGUAUCAUUCAAUACCUAAAACAAUUCAGUGGAUUAAACACGGACACUAACGACCUCUGGAACAGCCUUACACAGGUUGAGGUCUCGGCGCAGCACCCGAAUGUGUCAGAGAUGAUGAGCUCGUGGACGUCACAGAAAGGCUUCCCAUUGGUUACUGUAAGCCGAAAGGGAGGUCAGGUGACCCUCACACAGGAGCACUUCCAGCUCACAUCCGACAAUGCCACGCAAUCUUCAAGCUUGUGGAAUAUUCCAGUGACCUACGUAACUGACAACUGUAGUUUGGCCCCUGAGUGCAGACAGAUGUUCAAUCUGAAGAACAAGUCAGGGACUCUGAAGGAGCUACCAGAAAGUGUAAAGUGGCUGAAGUUGAACUACAGAAACACAGGCUUCUACAUCGUCCACUACGGAGACGAGGGCUGGGCUGCUCUUACAAAUGCUCUGUCCAACAAUGUCAGUGUUCUUACACACGAGGACCGUGCCUCGCUCAUACACAACAUCUUUGCUCUUUCCAGACUUGGACGCGUGUCCUUCAUGCAAGUCCUAAACUUGUUGAGGUACAUGACUAAUGAAAAUCAUAAUUCUCCUGUGAGAGAGGCCUUGUUACAGCUCAAAGUAAUCUACCGGCUGCUUGACAAAAGACAAGACGACCUUCUAGUGCCCCGCAUGAAGAGUUAUAUCCUGCAUCAGUUUGGUUCUCUGAUGGACAAUCAAACAUGGGAAGAGGAGGAGAGUGUGUCUAAACAGGAGUUGCGCUCAGCCCUGCUGGAGAUGGCCUGUAGUCUAGAUGAGGAAAACUGCAUUAAACGAGCCAAAGUCCUGUUCAAAAACUAUGUCAAGUCCAAUGGGACCUCACGUAUCCCAGGUGAUCUGCAGCAAGUUGUUUUCACUGUGGCUGCUCAGUCAAAUGAAGAUUGGGUCACUUUGCUCAGCAUGUACUCACAAGCCACCUAUGAUGCAGAGAAGCGAAAAAUGCUACGGGGCCUAGCAUCCACUCAGGACGCACAGCGUAUAGUAUGGAUUCUAAAGAACGGUCUGAGGGGGAAUAUCAUCCAGACACAGGAGCUGCCUUUGGUCAUUAGUACCGUGUGUAAUGGCUUCGCCGGCUACCUGUUUGUCUGGGAUUUCAUCCAAGAGCACUGGGACAGCCUUAUAGAGAAGUUCCCUGUGGGCUCCUUUGCCAUCCAGUCAAUCAUCGAGUCUGCCACCUCUCAGUUCUCCACACAGGCUCACCUUGAUCAAGUUCAGGGUUUCUUCUCCAGUUUGAAGGAGCGCGGCUCUCAGAUGAGGAGCGUGCAGGAAGCUUUGGAAAUCAUCAGGCUGAACCAGCGCUGGAUGGACAAAAACCUGCCAUCACUCCAAAAAUGGCUCUAAAACAGCCGCUCCAUCCAGUAUCUGCCCCAGUGACGGGCGAAAGGGGGCACGUCGUCAAGACACCAACAGUGUUUGCACUAUUGUAGGACUGUGUCUCUAAACUCCCUUUACCCAGGACAGAGCACUAAUCAAAGCCAGAGGUUUUGCCUGGGUGGACAAGGUGUUAGAUUCCCUGAGAUUGGUCCUGUUAGUUGUAUUUGCUAGCUCAGGGUGGCUCUGAUUGUGUGUCUGACAGGAAAUUGUCAGAUGCAAACACACACUCCUCACACUUUAUGCUGUCGACCAAACCUCUCCUCUGCAGCUCUCAUCCAAACCUCAUGCCUGAGCAGACAAUCAUGCUUCACCCACACUCCUUUUCCUCAGCCUGCUCUCAGGCACUGAACUGUUCGAGCUGUGCAAUGGUAUGAAGAAUGUCAACAUUACUGUGUGUGUAUGUCCGUACGGUCAGUCAGUCCAUGACUUUAUCUCAAAUUGUCUGAUAUAUGUUGAUGCAGCUAGUUGGGAUUUCUCAGCAAGAGAAGUUGAAAUUACCGGUACUUUAGAGAAGGACUUCUUUUAGAAUUAAACUGACCUCGAAUCACCAUGUUAUUAAAUAGCUGCCUCCCCUGCUGAACUGUAGUUACACAUGCCACUGGAAGCAUUUACUAUUUUAGUCAUGAUUUGGCUAGAAGGUUGGUUGGUUGGUUGGUUGAUAGCUUAAAAUACCAAACUUCUGUUUGCAUCAAUUGAAUGUACUGAAAAACCUUCCCACUGUGUACAGCAGAUGGCGUACUGCACAACAGUGCAGGUUUGAAGCCACAACCAAUGUGUCUUAGGUAAGAGCAGGCAGCUUGAGCUGGAGCCAAAUGUUGAUUUCUUUCUUUCUCUACCAGUCAUAAACCCAAGUUUUUAUUUUGAUAGCAUUUUGCCUGCUGUGCAGUCACUGUGCAGACUCAUUAUUUAACACAGUUUGCUUUUAACUUCUAAUUAUAAUGUAAAUAUGCUCAAUCCUACAGUGUUUUCUCGAUUCGUGAUUUUGGAUGUAAUGUUUUAAACAUGUUGAUUUUUAACAUUUUAGGAUUUGCUUUGUGUUGUGUGUAUAUAUAAAGUGUAAAGAGGACAUGUACAAAUAGAAUUGAUCAAGAUUGUUGGUCAAAUGCUGUCACUGUAUUUUUUGAUUGAGAUUACCUCCGGGAUGUCAUUUGCUGAUGAUAGUAAGUGUUCAAAGGGUUAAAGUGCAUAUUGAAGACUUAAAUGUAUAGAAUAACAUUUCUAUUUGGCAUGAGUAGGCUGUUCAUCAGCCCCCAAAAAUAAAGAAAAUGUAUAGUUACUCCAAUACUAACCAGCCGUGUUGCUCCUGAGACCGAGGAGUAACCUAGUUAUUUUUUUGAGAAAGUGUCUGAACGUGUUUUCCCAAGUUUAGUUUCAAGGUUUUAUUUAAAUACAGUUGAGCACACAUCCUGAGCUUUAUUUAAAGUGGUAUUGCUUACUUUUUCAAUCCAUCACUGUCAUAUUCCGGAUAAUGAGUAAAUUACAUAGAUUUUGAUUUAAUAUUUCUCUUUGAACAUCCUUAACACCUUCAUGAGACAUGCAUCUCUUUUGGUUGUCAUAUUAUCUUCUUCUGAAACCUUUCUGUCUCAUUUAUGAUAAAACCUUCCUCAAAUAUGUGUCAAACAGAAACGCACAUUGGUUCAAUUCCUGGUAGCGUUCUCUCAUCUCUGUGCACAGGUGGGAAAUUAAAAGGGCCAUAUGCUAGUUGCUCCCCUAGCGACUCCUACUGGUUAGUUCAAGUGGCUUCGAGGAGGAGGUGGACCAGGCACGUUAGGCCCUCUUAGUGAGAUGACAGGUGGAAAAACACACACCGAGAGACACCAUGUUUAUCAAAAGCAUGGCUGUCAGCAGCAGCUUAAAAGAUCACAGUACAGACGAUUGUGCAUUCCAAACAGGAGAGAAGAUUAGCGUGACGCAUUUUACUUUGAAGGAUAUCAUUGCAGUUUAGAUCUUUUU